AUCUCUCUUCCGUCUCUCUCUCUCUCGGCUUCUCUCGGUCGCUCAAGGAACCCUAGACAGCUUUUGUCCUCAAAUCUGAACUCAUCUCAUAUAGAUUUGCCAAGAUGGGUAUUUCUCGUGAUUCUAUGCACAAGAGGCGUGCCACAGGAGGCAAGAAGAAAGCCUGGAGGAAGAAGAGAAAGUAUGAGCUCGGCAGGCAACCUGCCAACACCAAGAUAUCCAGUGAUAAAUCAAUCCGGAGGAUUAGAGUUCGUGGGGGAAAUGUGAAGUGGCGAGCUUUUAGGCUUGAUACUGGAAACUACUCUUGGGGUAGUGAGGCUGUGACUAGAAAGUCCCGUAUUCUUGAUGUGGUCUACAAUGCAUCUAAUAAUGAGCUUGUUCGUACUCAAACUUUGGUGAAGAGUGCCAUCGUUCAAGUUGAUGCAGCACCAUUUAAACAGUGGUAUCUUCAGCAUUAUGGAGUGGAUAUUGGACGUAAGAAGAAGACCACAGCAUCUUCUAAGAAGGAAGAGGAAGCUGAUGCUGCCACUGAGGAGGUAAAGAAGAGUAACCACGUGCAGCGCAAAAUAGAGAAACGUCAGCAGGACCGUAAGCUUGACCCACACAUCGAAGAACAAUUCAGCAGUGGUCGUUUGAUGGCGUGUAUCUCAUCAAGACCUGGUCAAUGUGGCCGAGCAGAUGGAUAUAUUUUGGAAGGCAAGGAACUUGAAUUUUACAUGAAGAAGCUCCAAAGGAAGAAGGGUAAAGGAGCUGGUGCUUCAUAGAUUUUGUUGUCGAGUUCUUUUCGGCUCGAGUUUCUUGUUCCUAAUUCUUCGUAGGACGCCAAUGAUUGCAGCUGAGAUGAAACUGCUAUUUUGGAACUUCAGUUUUGCUGGUAAUAGUUUAAUUACAAUACCUAGCGAUUUUCAUGUUAACAACAGUUUGUUUAUUAGCUUUAAAAGCUUUAAAGUUUAAUUGUUUCCCAGUCUAUCGUCUCUCCAAUUCCCUUCCA